GUAGUGGUUUCUCUCUCACACAGAUCCUGUUUUCUUCCCCCCGUCUCUCCUCGUGCACAGAUCCAGCUCCUCUGUGCUCUCAGCCCGUGCAGCUCCACCCACCUGCAGAUAAAAGCCAAACCCUCACCAGUGCUGCUGUUCAGCGUCUGUCACAAACUCCUUAAAAGCUCAGUGAUACCGCAGCAGCAGCAGUACACACAAAGAAAAUGGUGGCUGUACCCCUCCAUUCUUUCUAUCUUCUCAUCACAGUGUUACAGCUAUGUUUACUAUACCUCGCUCAUGGUGGGGUGUAUUAUGGACAUAAACAGCCACCUCAACAGCCCCAGCCAUUGCCACAAUAUGAUGCAUAUCCACAGCAACAGUUUCUGGAGAAUGAGAUGCCAAUACUUCCUCAGUAUGGACAAGAGUUUCCUCAACCGCCAUUGCACAUGGGCAAAGAGAGACCACUGACAGAUGGCAAAGGACAAACCUUUCCCAGAGGAGCUAAAGGUCCACGCCCUCCUGUUCCAGGGGUAAAAGGUCUCCCAAAAGGACUGCAAGGAAUUCAGGGUCCCCCAGGGCCAACAGGACCACCAGGACCACAAGGCCCUCCUGGGCUACCAGGACAGGGAUUGCCAGGUUUACCAGGAAAGCCAGGCCCUCCUGGUCCUUCUGGCUACCCAGGAGUUGGAAAACCUGGUAUGCCAGGAUUGCCAGGAAAACCUGGAGGACCUGGAUUACCAGGAUCAAAAGGUGAUCUCGGUCCUAAUGGUGAUGUAGGAGUAACUGGACCUCCUGGGCCUCCGGGACUUCCAGGUCCCUCAGGACUCCCCGGGAUUCCAAAAGCAGGAGAUCAGGGACUUCCAGGACAGCGAGGUCCUCUAGGGGAGCCUGGCCAAAAAGGUCUGCCUGGGCUUCCUGGUCCUCCAGGGCCAAAAGGAGACAAAGGACUUGGUAUACCUGGUUUUCCAGGUUUGAAAGGGCCUGGUGGACCACCAGGUCCACCUGGACAGGUGGGCAUUGCUGGCAUUGGUAAACCUGGUAUGAAUGGUCUUCCUGGGCAACCAGGAAUACCAGGAAAGCCUGGUUCUCCUGGAGAACCAGGACUGGCAGGGGCACCUGGUGAUAGAGGCCAACCAGGUGUACCAGGUGUACCAGGAAUUGGAAAACCAGGAAAAGAUGGUUUCAGAGGGCAACCAGGGGUAUCUGGAGGGAAGGGGGAACCAGGUCUCCCUGGUUUACCAGGGAACCCAGGCUUGCCAGGUUAUGGUACACCUGGGUUUCCAGGACCUAAGGGUCAUAAGGGACAUGCUGGUCUUCCUGGAGCACCAGGUCCAAAAGGUGAUAAAGGUCACCCAGGUCUCACAGGUGACAUUGGUUCCACUGGUUCAAGUGGAAUACCUGGCCCACCAGGUCCAAUAGGCCUUCCUGGUAGUCUUGGCUUCCCAGGAUUAAAAGGAGAUGAUGGUGUCAUAGGACCAAGAGGAAAUCCAGGAGUAAAGGGUCAGACAGGUCCUCCAGGGCUUCCCGGACAGUCUGGUAGAUCAGGAGAAGGUGGACAACCAGGACCAAGAGGCUUACAAGGGCCCAUUGGCCCAAAAGGAGAAGCUGGUGUUAGGGGUUUACCUGGUGCCCCUGGUGCUGCAGGAUUAACAGGAACAAGAGGAGAAGGAGGACAGGCUGGAGAGAAAGGCCCCCAGGGGCCACAAGGUAUUCCAGGGCUUACAGGACCAGGGGGCCCAAUUGGACCCCCUGGGCUUCCUGGACGAAAAGGCGAUGCAGGCUUACCAGGUAAACCUGGCUAUCCUGGUGAUGGCGCCCCAGGACCCCCAGGUCUUGUUGGUCCACAAGGUAACCCCGGUCCCAGUGGUCCUCCUGGAUUUCCAGGGCAACCGGGACAACCUGGACCCCCUGGACCUCCUGGACAACCUGCUUCAUUUCCUGACCUUGGACAGAUCCUUCCUAUGACUGGCCCAUACAGUGGCCAAAAACAAGGUUACAAGAACCCAAAUGGAGGUGAGAUUGGUGGAAAUGGCCCUGAGCUGCCUGCAUUCACAGCUAAACUCACAAACCCAUUCCCUCCUGUGGGUUCCCCUGUCAUCUUUGACAAACUCUUGCACAAUGGCAAUCAGGAUUACAGUCCCCAGAAUGGUGUUUUUACCUGUAGCAUACCAGGGAUCUACUACUUUUCUUACAAUGUACACUGCAAAGGAGGUAAUGUGUGGGUGGCACUGAUGAAGAAUAAUGAGCCAGUUAUGUACACUUAUGAUGAGUAUAAAAAAGGAUUGCUAGAUCAGGCUUCAGGGAGUGCAGUACUCCCAUUAAGAAAAGGAGACACUGUGCAUAUACAGUUACCAUCGGAGCAGGCAGCAGGACUUUAUGCUGGUCAGUAUGUGCACUCCACAUUUUCUGGAUACCUACUGUACAUUAUGUAAUAAAAUAUAAAAAAGGUGAGAAUAAUAGCACAGAUCUGACCAUAAUGUAAGUAAAACUACUUCAGUCACAAGGUACAAUGUAGGUCAAGUUAAACGGGUUACAUCGAGAAUUAGGAAGAUCUUCUUUAGUUCUUACUGUAGUUAUUACUAUUAUUAUUAUAAUUAAUAUUAUUAUUAUUAUUAGUAUCAAUAUUAUUAUAACAAUACUAUAUGUACCACAACUGUAUUUACUUACAAAUAAAUAUCAGAAAGGGAAGUUAUAAAACCAUGGCCAAAAUUUGUACAUAAAUGUUAUGAUAAAUCACUUGGCUUUUAGCCAUUCCAUUGUCUUAAUUACACAUAUAUUCUUAUAUUCAUCUACAGAUAGUAUAUCAUGGCUUCUGAUAACUCCUCAUACAGUGCAGAUUUACAGUAUAUCUUCUUUUUAUUCACUUGACAGGACAGCAGUUUCUGCUCUACAAUUUUAAACCGCAUACUGGGCACGUACGAACCUAUCACU